CUCCAUUUGCACCAAUAGUAGACUCAUUACCAUGGGUAACCGCUCGUCACGCCCGUCAUCACCUCAAAGGCCCCAAACUGUUACCCCUGGUACAAAUGAAGCACAGUCACUUGGAGUGACCUUCGAUGUGAACCCAUCCACCAUUCCGGCUACAUCCAUCAAGAAGCAAUCAGACUUUCCAGUGACAUCUGGUGGCUUGGGCGAUAUCUGGAAGUGCUUAAUGAUCAUUGAUCCGGAAUCCUCUACUGAGGUUGCUGUCAAAAAUAUCAGGAUCGCGGACAUGCGUGAGGAAGAAGCUAUCCAAAAAGCGAAGAAAAGACUUCGCCGCGAAGUAGCCGUGUGGAUCAAAUUGAAGCAUGCGCAUGUUCUCACUCUUCAUGGCACGGUCUCCGGUUUUGGACCAUUGCCUGCCCUUGUUUCUACAUGGAUGCACAACGGGGCACUUGAUGCUUACCUAAAGCGCACGAACCUCACCAUGAAACAGAAACUAAAGCUGUUGAAGCAGGUGGUGCAUGGCUUGAGAUAUCUUCAUAAACAGGGAGUAAUUCACGGGGACCUGACCAGUACAAAUGUUGUGAUCGACCACGAUGGUAAUGCAUUUUUGGCAGAUUUCGGUCUCUCGUUGGCUCUCGCAGAGAGUGACAAAUCGUACUACCACUCGUAUUCGAAAGGCGCUGUCCGGUGGUCAGCGCCCGAAUUGAUCGGCUCACUGGAUCCAGAGAGCAUUCCAGGUGACAGUAGCAGCGCUACCGACAUCCCGAAACCGAACAGUCAGAGCGAUGUAUUUUCGCUCGGUUGCAUCAUGUUACAUGUUUUCUCGGGUAGACCCCCAUUCUGGUGGCUUAAAGAUGCCACACAGUUAUUUGGUACUCAGUUCAAGCACGUAGAGCCAUAUCGGGUCGAACUCGGUGUGACCGUUAGCCACCAGCAUUUGGAUUUCAUGCGGAAAUGUUGGUCAGCCAAGCCUAAGGAUCGUCCUUCCAUCGAGGAUGCUGCUUCCUUUGUGGAAAAUGAACUGAAAAGCGUCAGCUCUCCCCUGUACAACUAG